CUCGUGCUGGAGAGAUCACAUUAUCGCUCUCCUUACCGUUGGCAGAGCCGUGUCUAUCUGAGGGAAGCCUGCGGGAGAGAAAAGGCUGCUUUUGCCCCACGCAUCACCCCACUGAUGGCCGGGAUGAGAAAUCUAGUGUGCCUUCAGCUUCUGGCGCUAACCUUGGCCGGGUCUUCGACGCAGGCUGAUGGCAAGAGUGGCAAAGAGGCAGGGAAUGCGGGCAAUUUCAUGGAAGACGAGCAAUGGCUGGCCACCAUAUCCCAGUACAGCCCGAAGAUAAGGCACUGGAACCGUUUCAGAGACGAAGUGGAGGAUGACUACGUCAGAACUGUGGAAGAUCCCCAGGGUUCUGAAGAAAGUGUGGACACGACCAAGGACCCAUGUCAGAAGGUGAAAUGCAGCCGGCACAAAGUGUGCGUGGCCCAGGGCUAUCAGCGAGCCAUGUGCAUCAAUCGCAAGAAACUGGAGCACAGGGUCAGACAGCCUGGACUGAAGCCUCAUGUAAACUGUAAACAAUGCCAACUGUCCACAUCAAACCCUGUGUGUGGAUCUGACGGACAUAACUACGCUUCACAGUGUAAGAUGGAGCAGCAGGCGUGUUUGAGUGGUAAGGAGUUGAGUGUGAAGUGUGCAGGACCGUGUCCUUGUGUUAGUGAGGCUAUACCAAAACCAGAGACAGAUACAGUGUCUGCUCCCAAACCAGAAAGCUGCACAGGUCAGGACUUGGCUGAUUUGGGAGACAGACUCAGGGAUUGGUUCCAGCUUCUCCAUGGCAACGCUAAAACGAAUAAUUCUGGUAGACAGGGAUCAGGAACAGCAUCAGUGUUUGAGAGGAACUUGGUGGCAGGCUGUAAGGACUCUAUUGGCUGGAUGUUCUCUAAGCUGGACACCAGUAAUGAUUUAUACCUGGACCACUCAGAGCUGGCUGCGAUAAACUUGGAGAAGUACGAAGUGUGCAUCAGACCCUUCUUCAACUCCUGUGACUCGUACAGAGAUGGCAAGGUCUCCACGGCUGAGUGGUGUCUCUGCUUCUGGAGGGAGAAACCACCCUGUCUGGCUGAGAUUGAGAGGAUCCAAGUGCAGGAGGCAUCUAAGAAGAAACCAGGUGUGUACAUCCCCAGCUGUGAUGAGGAUGGCUACUACAAGAAGCUGCAGUGUGACCAGAGCCGAGCAGAAUGCUGGUGUGUUGACCCGCACGGCAAUGAGGUCAGCGGAUCCCGUGUUCAUGGCAACCCUGACUGCAAUGAGUUAGUGGGCUACUCUGGGGACUUUGGCAGUGGCGUAGGAUGGGAGGAUGAAGAAGAGAAAGAAACAGAGGACAAUGGAGAGGAAGCUGAGGAGGAAGAGGAGGCAGAGCCUGCAGAGACUGACGAUGGAGGAUACAUCUGGUAGAAAAUAUUCACAAUUGUCAUCAUGCCUGUCCUCCACGAAGACCGUCUGUCGAAAUCAGUAUUCAUUCAUUUUAAGUCUUGCUUGGUUGAAGCUUUUGGAAAGGCUGAACAGGUGAUCUGACACAUAUUUGAUAUGCAUUUAAUCUUUUCUUUCUUCUAAAUAGCAAAAAAUUACACGAAACCAGACCUACACAGCUGUAUCCAUAAAUGAUCACAGUUUUUUCUAAACACAUGAAACUGAUCAGGUGCACAACAUAAGCAAAACAAUCCAAUUCGAACCUCUAAGCAUUAAAACCUGCUGCUUAUCGUAGCCUAUGACUGCCUAAUUUGCUGAGUAUAAUGUGUUAAUUGUUGGUUUCUUGAAAUCUAAAACUCAUGCUGGUCCUUUGUGGAUAGGACUUUCGCUGCUGCUAAAAGCAGAACUAGAGAAAUCACUCACUGCAUCUGAAAACUACUGAAGAGCUUAGCAAACUGGGCUAAGGAGCAGUGCAGAAACUCUGUGGGAGGGGAAUGUAGAGGGACAGGGACAGGUUUUGUCCUAAUUAUGUGUCAUGUUUUCUUUGCUUGUAUAAUAUCUACACAGAACGUGGACGUGCUGUGCUAGGGAAAAAACACUAGUCUAAACUACUCAUUGUUAUUAAUGGAAUCUUUUUCAAUUUAAUUUAUUAAAAAUACAUUUCCAUUACAGACAAACAGUAACAUGAAGUUGCCUCAGUAGAUUUCACAUUAUAGGACAGCUUCUCUGUUCAUCCUGGUCUACAGUGAAGGUCCAUCCACAGCCUCUACAGUACGUCUAUGUCUGCUACCUCUGAAGUCACCUAUAAUAGAAGCAAAUCUAACGCUGUCUAGAGGUAGCUGAGUAGGGACACAUAUCUAGAAUCAGGGGUCAGAUGUUUCAAACUUUCAGAUAACUACAAUAAAUUUCAGUUUCUCAAGGAUAGGAAUCACUAUAAUCACAAAUACAACUUCAUAUACUCGUACAUACACAUUAUCCAGCUUUAAGAAACAUUCUUCACAGUCUCUCCCUCUAAUGAUGAAUGUGCCAUGUGUUUUGGUUGCUUGAAUGUGCAUUUUCUUCUUGUUUUUCUUGCUUUGUGUAAACUGUACUUGAAAGCUUAUAUUUUCAAAGAUACUGAAGCUGUUUUUGUUCCCUGUAUACACCAUUUGCAAGAUAAAUUAAAUUGUUUUUAAUAUUGCAUGUUAGUUCAGAAGAAUGUACCUUUACUGUCUGAACACUGAAUACUAUGGCCCUCUAAUAUUCAAUACUCUUGUUCUUUUUCCAGCAAAUCUCCGGAAAAAUGAUCUCGUUAUGCUUAUAGGAUUAUGAUAGACAGUAAGAUUUACAUGGUGACAUCAGUAAAGUCCAAACAAAAUGAGGGGCUGAAUCUUGAGAAAUGUUAUUGUGAAUAAUAUAUAUUAUUGAACUGUCUUUAGAUUGUAAUAUAUGUCUUUCAUUAAAUUAAAAUAUAUAUAUACUCUAUAUUGUAUGACAUUUCGAAGGGAAAUGAGGAAGGAAAUGGCCUUCGACAGAUUACUGCUGAAUUGAUCAACCUAGACAAAGUCUUUCAAAGUCACCCACUGUCAGCCGCAGGUUUAAAUUAGUUGAAAUGUUAAGCAGGAUCAGUUGUUCGCUGCCUGGACCCCAGGCUGGUGUUAUCAUAGCCCUAAGGAAUGAUAUUAAAAGAUGCCUGAGGAAUGAUAUUAAAAGUGAUGAACACAUCACGGAUGCCCUGCAACGCGUUCAUUAUAAUGAAACCAUUUCUGUUGUGAAUGUCAAAUUUUAAUGAGGCUCUCGUCUCCGUUUCUUUCAUGAGUCUGUUGAGAUAAAAAAGAAAAAAGAUCUUAAGCCUUCCACCACGCAACGUAUUGUAAAAUCUUUGGUGUCUGGUGCAAUUUAUUGUGGUCAUGCUAGCAGCAUCACAGUUUGUACAUCUGGAGUUGCUCUUGCAUUGUGGUCUGCAGUGCUGCUGGAUUUGGUUGAAUCAAUAACGGUAACGUAAAGCAGAAACGGCAGGGAAUCAGAGAGAGAGACAGCAGUUGGGAUUCUGUAGCGAUGUGCUUUCAUGCAGUCUAAAUUAAAGCAUGCUGGAGAGAGACGAGCAUGUAGUUCUGAGACACUGUGCACAUGUUUGGUUCUGCAUUCAGAUCAGAUGGUAGCAGUAAUCUAAAAAAAUUUCACACGACAGACACAUUUACAGCAGCUCUGAACAGAUAAAAUUGUUCUAAAUGGGACCAUGAAGCGUUACAGAAAUUUGAAGACAUCAAUGUUAUGGUUUUGUAGUACAAACCCACAAAAACAUCCACCUCUUCUCUCACGUCACAGUAUACUGAACUGCUACUGUGUAUUCAGUGCUAUUUAGCUCAGCCCAUGACAUCUUUUCCACUGUAUUUGAUAUUUGAUAAUAAACUGGCACUGGAACCAUUGUAUUGUUGGGUUCUUCAUGUUAAA